CCUCUCUUGCUCUUGGAUGUGUUGCAGGCCUGCCACUCCCCAGCACAGAGCGAUGAGGGGGGAGAACAUCACCAAGGUGAGCACGUUCGUGCUGCUGGGCUUCCCCACCACACCCGAGCUGCAGUACGUGCUCUUCCUCCUCCUCCUGCUCGCCUACCUCUUCAUCCUGGUGGAGAACCUGGCCAUCAUCCUCACGGUCUGGGCCAGCCCCUCCCUCCACAGGCCCAUGUACUACUUUCUGAGCUCCAUGUCAUCCUUGGAGAUCUGGUAUGUGUGUGACAUCAUGCCCAAGAUGCUGGACGGCCUCCUCCUUCAGCGGAAACGCAUCUCUUUUGUCGGGUGCAUGACGCAGCUCUACUUCUUCAGCUCCCUGGUGUGCACAGAGUGUGUGCUCCUGGCCUCCAUGGCCUACGACCGCUACGUGGCCAUCUGCCACCCCCUGCGCUACCACGUUAUCAUGACCACGGGGCUGUGCAUCCAGCUGGUGGUCUUCUCCUUUGCCUGUGGCUUCACCAUCUCUGUGAUCAAGGUCUACUUCAUCUCUAGUGCCACAUUCUGUGGCUCCAAUGUCUUGAACCACUUCUUCUGUGACAUCUCCCCCGUCCUCAAGUUGGCCUGCACAGACUUCUCCACAGCAGAGCUGGUAGACUUCAUCCUGGCCUUCAUCAUCCUGGUGUUCCCUCUGCUGGCCACUGUGUUGUCCUACGGGCACAUCACCCUGGCUGUCCUGCACAUCCCCUCAGCUGCUGGCCGUUGGAGAGCCUUCUCCACCUGUGCCUCACACCUCACCGUGGUCACCAUUUUCUACAUGGCCAUGAUCUUCAUGUAUGUCCGGCCCCAGGCCAUCGAUACACGGAGCUCCAACAAGCUCAUCUCUGCUGUGUACACUGUCCUCACCCCCAUCCUGAACCCCUUGAUCUACUGUCUGAGGAAUAAGGAAUUUAAGGAUGCCUUGAAAAAAGCCUUGAGCUGGGGUCAAGAUCCACCAUAGAGGGGACACCAUCUACUCUUCCAGAAU